AUGAGCGAAGGGGAGGAGAUCAACAAGGAUCCGUUCCACGUGGACCAAUUGAUUCUGGAUUACGAUUAUUUGAUAUAUAGGAUUAAAGAUCAUGUGUCAACUAUCCACCUUGAAACAACUAAUGCUUGCAGAAGGCAGCAUGACUUGAUUACGAAAGGAAUUGUGGAGGAUAUUAUUGAAAAUAACAUCAAAGAGUUACGGAAUGUUCUCGGAAAGUGCAAGGAGCUAGAGGCGUACAUUUUACAGUUGAAUGCGCUUGAUUCUAUAGUAAAUACGUUUCAUGAGAGAGUCAAUGAAGUAAUAAAACAACUGCGUGAUAUAAAGGUACAUAACAUGAAUAUCUCUGAACAAAAUACUUCUACCAGGUAA